CUCAAUGUUUGGAAUACCAAUAUUUGGAAACUAUUUCAGAAUCAAUUACUUCAUGUAACUUGCUAUACAUUUUCACCGUAAUUGAGAGUUGGCCAUGCCGUCAAUUCGCAGACAAAACGCCUACGCCAAAAAUGCAUACACUUACUACCCCAUCGUCAUCGUUGGUGCCGGCGAGUCUGGCAUCGCGAUGGGAUGUCAGUUGAAACAGGUUCUUGGAUUCGACCAAUUCCGCAUCUUCGAGCGUCAAUCGGGCAUUGGCGGCACCUGGUGGAUUAAUAGGUAUCCUGGAGUUGCUUGCGACAUUCCCGCCAUCUUUUACUCCUUUUCUUUCGCACAGAAUCCAAACUGGACCUCGAUGCAUCCCCCCGGCCCCGAAAUCGCCAGAUAUCUCGCUGACGUCUGCGCCAAAUACGAAAUCGUCGACAAAAUCCAACUGCACACCGAAGUCACCGAGCUGAAAUGGCUCGAAGACGAGGAAGAGUGGGAAAUCAGGCUGGCGUAUCUGCGGCCUGGAACCGGCGACUGGUCUGAACUCGAGCGCCGCGAAAAAGUUGCUGCAGAGGGGGAAAGAAGUGUUUACAUUGCCACUGAAAUCGUGCGAUGCAAGAUCGCUAUUAGCGCGGUGGGUGGGUUGGUCGAGCCGAAAGUAUUCCCGAAGGAGAUCCCGGGGAUAGAGACGUUUCAAGGCGAUGUGAUUCAUUCAGCGAAAUGGAGAGAUGAUAUUGAUUUCACGGGCAAGGAUGUUGUUGUCCUGGGAACUGGCGCGAGUGGUGCCCAGGUCGUCUCGGCGAUGUCGAAGGAGCCGUAUAAGGUCAAAUCCAUCACGCAAUUGAUGCGGACGCCGCCGUGGGUGCGCCCCUUUGGCGAUGAUCCAGAAUCUGGAAGAAUAUACAGGAAAUACGUCUCGGUGUUACUACGUAAAAUCCCCGGGAUGACGCAAACUUUUCGAUUUAUCCUGUUUCUAAUGAUCGAGCAUGAAUUUUUCUCCAUUUUCGCAGACACGGAUUAUACGCGGAAGCAUUUAUCUAGUGAAGAAGAGGCGUGUCGACGGUACAUGAAGAAGAUCGCCCCGGAGAAAUAUUUUGAUAUGUUGACGCCAGACUACCGUCUCGGGUGCAAGAGACGCAUUAUUGGUGGUGACUGGUAUAGGAGUCUGCAUGAUACCAAGGUCGAAUUGACCACUCGUCGACUCAAGAGCAUACAGGCUCGGGGUGUCACGCUGGGACGCCAUUUAUACCCGAAACCUGCGCAUGGAACAGACCCAUCAGAUGAGGAAGAUGUGGAGCUCGCAGCCGACGCAAUCAUUGUAGCAAAUGGCUACCAUACGAAUGAAUGGCUUCAUCCCAUGCGUGUCAUUGGCAGAAACGGAUAUAGUCUGCACGACGUCUGGGACGAGCGAGGUGGGCCUCAGGCGUACCUAGGAAUCGCGAUGGAUAAAUUCCCCAACUUCUUCAUGAUUUUCGGACCGAAUACGGCGACGGGACAUUCCAGUGUUGUUCUUGCCACUGAAAAUGCGGUUCAGUAUAGCCUGAAAUUUAUCAAGUCGAUUCUUGAUGGAACGGUGAGUACGUGGGAGGUAAAAGAAGAGGCGGAGAGAGAGUGGACGGAGAAAGUUCAGAGGGGACUCAAGGGUACGACGUUUUCGAGUGGUUGCUCGAGCUGGUAUACACAGGAAAAUGGUUGGAAUUCAACGACAUAUCCAUUCUCUCAAAUUGAUUAUGGACUACGCUGUAUGUUCCCGGUCUGGGGCCAUUGGGACGCCAAGUUUACUCCGGGUGGAAUAAGAAGACGUCGAUUACGAACCUUGACUCGCGGAUUGUCGUUGAUGGCUGUUGUUAGUCUUUAUAUCUGGUGGAAGAAGCGCCCAGCAGCUUUUCAGGCUUUGAAAGCCGCCAUUCUUCAAGCCGCCAAUCAAGUUGUUGGCUCAGUGGUAGCUAAUCUACAACGUCUCCAGGCAUAGUUGAGUUACUAUUUGUGUAUGGAAUGAAUAUGGUUGAAAUUUCAUUAUGACUUAUUAUU